AUGACAGAAUUGAGCGACUUUGAAAUUGUGGAGCAGCUUGGAUCGGGAAGCUUUGGUAAGGUGAUGAAGGUUAGAUCGAAGAAGGACCAACAGUUGUACGUUUGGAAGGAAAUUGAUUACUCCAAAAUGAGCGAAAAGGAAAAACAACUCAUCGUAUCUGAAGUAAAUAUUUUGCGAGGAUUGGACCAUCCUCACAUUGUCAAGUAUCAUAAUCGAGUACUUGAUCGGGCAAGGAAAAAAUUGUAUAUUGUCAUGGAAUGUUGCGAGGGAGGCGAUCUAUCGCAAUUCAUUGCUUCAUUGAAGAAGAGAAAGGAGUAUAUCGAUGAAGCCACCAUUCUCAAAAUAUUCUCUGAAAUCUGUUCUGCCUUAAAGGAAUGUCAUUUAAGAAAGGGAGGCAAGAUUAUCCAUAGAGAUUUGAAACCAGCCAACGUUCUUUUAGAUAAAAACUUGAAUGCCAAGUUGGGUGAUUUUGGCUUGGCAAGAAUGCUCUCUGAUAAUACCAAGUUGGCUCACACGAAAUUGGGAACUCCUUACUACAUGAGUCCAGAAUUACUCUCUGAACAUGUUUCAGAUCAAGGUUAUAAUGAAAGCUGUGACAUUUGGUCGUUGGGUUGCAUGCUCUAUGAAUUGUGUGCUCUAGAACCUCCAUUCAAAGCUCCAAAUGGUGUUUUGCUGGAAAAGAAGAUUCUUGCAGGAAAAUAUGAGCCAAUUCCUUCUCAAUACAGUCGGGAAUUAUCAGAAUUAAUUGCAAGCAUGCUUCGUAUUAAUCCAGAAAAACGAAUUACAAUUGCAGAAAUUUGUGAUUCUACUAUCAUGAAAUAUCCACUAAUGGAAACUCAUCUCCAACAAAUGUACAAAAUUUUAAAGGAUAAAGAGAAGGCCCUUGAAAAGAGAGAACAAUUUGUCAGGAAGAAAGAAGAAAAGCUUGAGGAAUUGGAAAAGCAAUUAGAAAAAGAAAAGAGAGAACUUGAAAAACUUAAGAAGGGAAAUGUUGUAAAUACAAAAGCACCAAUACCACCACCAAUUGAGGGGGCUCUUGUAGUGUCUCCUCUUGCUAUGGAGGUUAAUAAGGAAAAUAUAUUCCAAACAUUCAAAGUAUAA